GCGGACGAACUGGCUUUUGAGAGUUCUAAGAUUAUUUUUUAGUUUUUUAAAUGGAAUUGGGACUUUCAUGGGACGAUGAACUUUUUGAGAGUAAAGAAGAGAAACCAAAAAGACCGAAGCAGAAGCCAUACAAUGUAAAAGUUUGUGAAAAACAGUACUUUUUCAAGAACCAUACUCCUCAAGAUGACAUACAAAAACAAAAUAUCACAAAAUUCCAGGCAGACUAUUGGUAUCGGUCAGGAAGCUAUACCAAAUCACUCGAAGCUUACCUAACAAUCCAUAAAAAUCCACAAGUCAAGUCAACUACAGUGGAGAGGGAUGUCGAUGAAUCUAUCAUCCGUUGUUAUCUUAAGCUAGGGAAUGUUUCUUUAGCUUUAGUUUCCUUAGAUAAUUUGAUAAAAAAGCAAGGUGAGGAUACUUCAUUGUUCCUUUUGCUUGCUGAAAUAUGCUCUGCUAUCAGCCACAUCCAAGGUGAAAUCACUUGUUACAAGAGAUGCAUUUCUCUUCAUUCCUACAACCACAAUUUCUGGUACUCCUUGGCAAAAGCUUACAACAAAGCACAUGUUGUGACCACAAAUAACAAAGUGAACAAUUCUCAUGUUGAUGAAAUGCACACAAUAGAUGCUAUUUUGCAGUCAAAUACAACAAAGAGUUACAAGGAGUGCUUGAGAUUGCUUAUAAACUGUCAACAUUGCAAAUGCACAGAUACAAUGAAUUUUUUGGAUAAAACAUUUUUGAAAGAUGAUGAUAAUGACAUGAUUGUCACCCAAGAAAUCUCAAAUCAAGUAAGCAAGGGGUCAGUGGGGAAUGAAAACAAUUUAUUUCCAAAGCAAAAGGUGGAAUACAUGCCAGAAGAACUGAUGGGAAAAAUGACACUUCAAGAAAUGUCUACUUGCUUAGAGGGAUUUAGUUUCGCUGCUGAAAGUUCAAAAGGAGCUUUGAAUAAAUUAUUGUCAGAAAAAUUACAAGUUGAGAAAGAUAAAAAUGGAUUUAAUCAUCCUAUUUAUGAUAAAAUGUUAACAAAGCCAUCAAUAGAUCGACAUAAAGAGGCAUUGCAUUCAAGCCAGAGUGUUUUAUCUUCUCAAACAAGGGUUUCAUCAAAAUUGGCCAGUGAAGUGAAUAAUCUAAAAGAAGAACUUAGCUCUGAUACAACUGUAGAUACAAUUUCAAACACUACAGCAAAUUGCAAGUCAUUGUCUUCAAAAUAUAGUGAUUCAGAUGGCAAAACAAGAACGCAGGACAACAAUGAAGUUCCAUAUCUUGUUGUAGGAGAAGAGGAUGGUGAUGGUUGUAGUUUUAAUAUGACAAUAACGAAGGAUUCAAACCAUGGGUUCCAUGAUGUAUAUGGAGCUUCAAAGGAUGGAAAACAGUGUGGGUUAUCAAUGUUAGCAUUCUUUUGCUUGUUGAGGACAAGGUUUUUGCUUCAAAGAGCAAUUUGGACAUCAAUGUCAUUUGUGAAGGAGAAACUAUCAAAAACCAUGAAAGAUGUGGAUGACAACAUCCGUAAAUGUUCUUUGUGUCAAUGUGGAGAACUCAAAAAGUGUAUACUCAAGCAAAUGGAACUUGAAGAUAAAAGUCUUGCUGGACAACAAUUAGAUGAACUUGACAUGCAUUCAUUAUACCAAGGAGGAAGACAAAAACACUGGACUUGAAAUUUUAUCAGUGACAUAAGAUUGAUUGAUUUAUCUUAUAAGUGUUCCUAUGUCGCUAAAUCAGAAAUGUUCAAUUUGCUUUUGUGUAAACAUUAAUAAAAUGUUAUUCCAUU